UCGUUUCACGCGAGACCGUUCCGCUUGAAAAUAAACAGUUUACAUUAAAGCACGGCCGAGCGAAUCGUUUUUGCGGCUCUGGCCAGGUUUCCGAUCCAUGAAAAAGUUCAUCCAAACGUUUCCAAAAACCGAAAGGACAGCGAACGGUUUUUUGGACCGAUUACAACCCGACUGUGUGGAGGGAGCAAAGUAACCAACGGCAAAGAAAAAACAUUUCUAUUCAGUUAUGGCCGAGCGAACGAGUGGUGCAGUCGGUAAUGGGUGAAAGUCUCGUGAAAAUAGUCAGAAGGAGAAUUUGUUGAAUUGUGAGUUUAGUGAAGGAGUACCACACAGAGGAAAUAGUACAUAUCCGUUGCACGACGCCAGCUAUUUCGCCAAACCCCGUCAACACUAGUCACUUAUGUAAUAACCAUUCCAAAGGUUACAGCACAAAAAAAACAAGGAUUUCGGGUCUCUAGCAACGUUAUUGUGUGACGUUGGUGUAAAAAUCUGCGGAGACAUAAACUAUCGAAGAAGGUCCCGUUUCUACAAUCGUUUGUGUAAACGCUGGGGACAACAAAGCAACCAAAGAAACAGCUAGUUUUCCUUUGUCAAGGACAUACAUCCGGUUGCGUACGUAUUGCGAAAACCCUUGGAGACACAUAAGCCGUGCCCAAUUCAAUAGCAUCCCGGUUUCAGUGGUGUUGGUGAGCAACACAUCGCGCGCACUGCCGUUGUUCGUUGACAGUGUGCCAAGAAAGGCGUGCAAAAAGGACACGGUGUCGGUCAGCUGAGUAGACCGUCGGCAGGAGAAGCAACAAAUGAGAAAAUAGCAUACGAGAGAUUCACCGUCGAACUGAUCAACCGAAGGCAGAGCCACUGUUUGUUUGGAUAAUUUUCAUGGCCAGCUUUUCCUCUCGUUUCGUACAGCGGUUCGGCUGGCUUCUUAGCGAAAUUCAAACUGAUGCAUAGUAAAGUUUUGUGAUUAAAAUGUUAAUUUAUAUACUAAUUAGUACAACUGAGCAGGGAAAGCUUGAGCAGGGAAAUUCCCGGCGUUUUCCAUUCCCCUACAUUUCUAAGAAGUUCCCAAACAUAUAAAUUUACUUCACCAGGCUCUAUGUGAACUAUGGUUUACGUACUUCCAAUGUCAAUAUAAUUAAAAUACAGUGUUAUUCAUGAACGAACAAGCUAACAAACGAAAACUGAUAAGGUUGACACAAGUGCAAGAAAUAAUAGUGAACUCGAGGGUGUUAAAAAAACAGACCUACAGUUCCAUGGGUGAACCGGGGUUGGAGGGGCGCUGGGACAACGUAGUUAUCAUUAAUUUGUAAAACCAACAAAUCGAUAUAAUCAAAUUGACCGAAUCUGAUUGCCCGUUAACGUUCGUGUUGUGAUAGUGGUCAGGUGGGGAAAUCAAAUUGUUCGAUACAGAUCUAUCUCGCCAUAUUUGCGCGAUCGAGUACACUUUUCCGUCAGUCAAGGUUUGAUUGAACAUCACGAGAACGGAACAGGCGAGAGCCGACAUCGUGCAAAGUACGCAUGCAACAUGCGCGCGCAUUGAUGUGCGCAAACACCACGUGAUCGGUAAUAGUAGAUGAGAGGAGCUAAGAAUGCAGAAUCCGCUGCUCGAUCGGGCACCCACUCACACGCAGCAGCGGUACUGUGUGUUUGCAUGGUGAAUUUAUAUACUCACGCUAUCUGUGGCCUAGCGUAGCUUUAUGAUCGUGUGGCAACAAAGUUAUUUACGUUGAACUCCGUGUUCGUGUCCAGAAACUGGCGCAUACCCGUUAUCUCACAUAAACACAGUACCAACAUGGAACACUGCAAUAUGGAAAAUGCUGCUCAUAUUCUGUUUAUUGUCUUCUAUAACUGUUAUAUAUAAAAAUGGUUGUUUGUCUGUCUGUACCGCAUUUUCUCCAAAACUACUCUCCGCUUGAAAUUUUGCACAGCGUAGUUUUGUGACCCCGGAUUGUGAAUAGGAAAGUUUGACCCUCCCACUCCUCCCGGAAGGGGGGGUGGGGGGGGGGGGGGGCUACCAUACAAACGUAACGUACCGUAACGGCCCAUACGUAACGUCCCAUACAUAACACCCAUACAUAACGUCCAACCGUUUUAGAGCAAAUCGAUCCAAAUUCGGCAGAUGGGAGUUUUGGGGAAGGGGAAAUGUUCUUGUGAACGUUUGAAACCCCUCCACUCUUUACAAAGAGGGGCUCCCAUACAAAAUCUGGGUUAAUGUCAGCAAAGCUCGUAUAAUUUUCAAGCAAUUUGAGCCAAACUCAGGUGGUGCGUGUUUUGACAUGUAUCCAACGGGAAGCGGGAAAGGAAGCCGAUACGUCACCGUCACCGGGAAACGGAGAAGUAACGUAAGGUGAGGAGGGAAACUGAACGAAUACGUCAUCAAGAAGCCCGAUCGUUUGAAAAGUAGGAGUAACGGGAAGCGAAAAGGGAAGCUGAUCGUAUACAGUUACGGACGGUGUCGCUCCACAACGAUAAAUCCCGAUCAACGAUCGUCGAAGCAACCUAAACGCAGCGAUUUCGCGACAACUAGAAGCCACGCGAAACCACCAGCAGAUGUCAGCGGUCAAGCAGAGGACGAGUUCCCACGCAUGCAGCCCAGAAGCAGGUGCCAGCGUCCAGCUAUUUCCGAGGAAAGCAGUCUAGACGCAACGCAGCAUUUUCACGACGAUGGCGACGCGAAACCGACAGCGGGCGCGAUCGAGCAUUCCGUUCCCAGGCGAAACGCGAUCGAGCUAAGUCAUCAAGUUAGGGCCAGAAUAGAACGACGGCUUAAGUCAGUCAGGUUCAGCUUAGCGCGGUCCAACAGUUCAGUUCAGUUUAGCAGCUCAAAGCAGUCAGUCAGUCUUCAUUUCGCGACGAUUCGCAUCUUUUAAAUAAAAUAAAGUUUUUUUUAUUGACCCCAACGGGUGAAGAACCAUAAGUAUACAUCGCCAAGAAGUCCUCUGAAACGCCUCCCAAUCAAGAAAUAAGAAUGAAAUGAGGCGCAGCGACGCACGCCGGGAACUGCUAGUAUUGUAUAAAAUAGUCAUUCUUUGUUGUUUCUCUCGUUUAUACGAAUGACUGUAGUUACUACUGCAUUAGUCGGAAGUUGCAAUAUUGAGAAAUGUUCGUUCGAGUAGAAUCAUAAUUCCGAUAACCAACCGCUCGCGUACUCGCGGUGACAAGCAAACACUAGCACCAUGCACCAAUGCCGCAAGCUAACGCGCCGGAACUUGUUCAUUCUGCUAACGGUCGGCGUGGUCUACUUGCUGCUGGAUCAUUUUUUCAACGGAGAUGACUACGGAGACAACAGGGAAAAGUUAGUUUUGAUUGAAGAAUCAAUUAAAUCGUUGGCCAAUCAGGGCGCCUGCAAAAUGCCUAGCCUGCCGGUGGAUUCACCGGAAAUGCUGAGCUUCCUCAAGGAUGAACCGCCGAUCGAAUGCGGCAGCGAACUGCAGGACUGGGUGGCCUGUGAGAAGGGCGUAUGCAACAUUAAACCGGAAGUGAUCAAAGAGAAGGGCAAGAUAACGUGUGACUAUGCUGACGUUUUGCGGCAGAGUGAUUUUAAGCUGUCGUUCGGGGAAACGACACGCACCAGCGACAGCUACACGUUGCAAGGAAGCGAUUUUGUCCGUGCAAAGUGUUGGACCGAAAGUCGCACGGAACGGUGGCAGGGACUGCUCAUCGGGAUACGACAGGACGCAACCCUCCGCACACGUUCCAGCUGGAACAAAGAGUUCGCCUUGAACGUCUUGAUGCUCGGGUUUGAUUCGCUCAGCCGAAACGCAUUCCAGCGCAAGCUGCCCAAGGCAUACAAGUACCUCACGAAAUACCUCGGGGCCGAUGUACUGCAGGGCUACAAUAUCGUUGGUGAUGGAACGCCGCAAGCGUUGAUACCGCUCCUGACGGGCUUCACCGAGUUGGAACUGCCCGAUACACGGCGCCGCAUGAAAAAUACCGAGUACGUGAAUGUGUAUCCGUUGAUCUGGAAGGACUACGAAAAGUAUGGCUACGUGACGGCCUUCAAUGAGGACGUCCCAAACAUUGGAACGUUCUCCUAUCGCCUCAAUGGAUUCGACGAGCAGCCGACGGAUCACUACAUGCGCACCUACUACCUGGCGAUUGAGGCGUACCUGAGCUACUACAAACGAUUGUGCAUCGGGGCAAAACCGCGCCACAAGGUGAUGCUGGACUACACGCGCGAGUUCAUGACGAGUUACCGGCCCGGGACGCCUCGGUUCGUGUUCAGCUUCCACGGUGAGCUGUCGCACGAUUCAAUUAACCUGAUCGGUGUGGCCGACACCGAUCUCACCAACUGGCUGGUGGAGCUAAAGCAAUCGGGUAUUCUAAACAGCACCGUCCUGGUGCUCAUGUCCGACCACGGGAACCGAUUCGCUGAGGUACGCAACACGCUGCAGGGAAAACAGGAAGAGCGCUUGCCAUUCUUUAGCUUCACUUUUCCCGAGUGGUUCAAGUCGCACUACCGGGAGCAGUACGAGAACUUUCGGCAAAAUCUGCACCACCUCGUAACGCCAUUCGAUGUCCACGAGACACUGCAGGACAUACUGACACUCCAAACACUGAAAACGAAACAGAGACCGGCGGUGUCACGUGCCACGUCGCUGUUUGAUGUUAUUCCGCAGAACCGCUCGUGUGCCGAUGCGUACAUUGAGCCGCACUGGUGUGCCUGUUUGAACUGGCAAACGAUCAACGAUACGGCGUCCUCGGAGGAGGUGUUUCGCUCCGCCAAAACCAUCGUGGACACGAUCAACAGGCACACGGAGCGGCACCGUGGUAUCUGUGCGCUGCUGACGCUCGACGAGAUCCGUUGGGCUGCGCGACUAGAGCCGCAUCGGGACCUGGUGCGCUUUAAGCAGAACCGGGACCGGGAUGGGUUUCUCGGAGACUUUUCCUCGGAUGCGAUCAGGGUUGCGCACGAUAUGUACCAGGUCAAGCUGGUCACUAACCCAAGCAAAGCGAUCUACGAAGCAAGCGUGCUGUACGAUCGUCUCAACAAUCGCUUUCGCGUGAAACUGGGCGACAUCUCGCGCAUCAACAAGUACGGUGAGCAGGCCAACUGCAUCUACGAGCGUGAUCCGGAAAUGCGCAAGUUCUGCUACUGCACGACGGACGAUCACUGAAAUGGGAACGAUCGUGAGCCCCCAAACCCUUACUAGUAGAUACUUAGUAUUUGCUGUGCAAUAGUAGAAGCAAGAAAGUGCGGAACUCAACCCGCCACUCAACUGUGGCCCUAUCGACUGACUGAGUAGAGAGUGUACUAUAUGUUAGGGCACAGUUGGGGUGGCGUACGCCCUUCCUGUGUAUAAUCGUCUAGUGAUAGUAAUCGUCUAAGUGGUUGUGCACAACACAACACAACAGUACCACGAGUGUUUUUGAAAUAUUUAAAAUUUAUUGACGACCGUAGUGUGAACGCAUACAACCGGCGCAGGCGACCGUCGAUUUGCGAUCAAACAAAUCUUAUGCACACUACACAACCGCACGGCCAACCCUUACGUACCUUACCGACGGCCACCGAUCUCGAGGAGAGAUUCCCCCACAAGCAAUCUUAGUGCCAUGCGAACUUCCGUUCGGCCAGACUCCACCAACCAAAGGGUGUCCUGUUGGGGUUAUUAAAUGCGGUAGGAAUCUCACUUAAAUUCCGUAUGUUUGUGCAUGCGUGUGUGUGUGUGUGUGUGGUAGAAAGAAUCUCAAACAUUAGAAAUAGAUAGGUAUGAUAAAACAAAAUAGUGCACGGAUGGCACAACCAACUCUACUGUGCUGGGUGUUGGGCGGAAGGCUGAAUAGCUGGCCUGGGGCGAAUACUUAAACCCGGCAUUUUCUAGGUUACACCUAACGGGGAGAAAUGAAUUUACGCAAAACGGCACAAACGGAAAGCAAUCGCACAAGUGAUCGAUGGUUUGGUGGUAGAAAACACGUUUCGUAGCUACGCGGCCAUUAUCACGACAUUCAAUCAAAUUGAAUUACCAGGACGGGAAGGUUGGCGUUACUGAUUUGGUUCGAAAACGGUUUCGGUUCCUUUUCGUUUAGCCGAUGGAUGGGCAAAUAUGUAUGAUCUGUUAAUUAUCCUCAGUUAGUAGUACCUAAGGCUUAAGUUAUCCGUUUUUUGCGCAUAAGAAAGCAGGACUUU